AUGUAUCGUGUCUCGGCUCUGCUUCCCUCGUGGGACCGGUCGAGACAGAACAACACGAAUACCCCCCCUGUACCGCCCGUACCGACGAACGCUCCCGCGAACCCGAUCACGGCUAGGAACACCAUCGCCACCUCCACGCCUGCGACCAACAGCAGGAAUAGCAGCAGUAGCGGCCCCGCACCACAAAGGGCGCCUGUCGGUGCCCUGACCAAGGUCUUUGGAUGGGCAGGCAGGGUCGUGCCCGCUACUCGUCUCAACACAUCGACGCCUACAGCAGUGCCCACCCGCUACGGCCGAGAAACGUAUUGGCCGACGAACCUCGACAAGGAGUGCGACAAAGCUGCGCGGAUUAUCAAGUCGUUCUGCUUUGACGGCUUCCUGUCGCAGGACUUCGAACAGACCGAGAAGACCGAUACGACUGGGGAUUCUUCCGAACGAUCCGAGACAGACAGCAAAAGCGAGACGAACACGACCGAUUCCACGCCAACGCCAAAUUACAUCACCAAGAAGAUCCCCCCACGAAUCAUCCAGAAUGCCGUCGGUCUCGCCGUCUUCUCAUGCAUGCGCUCGGGUCUGUGGAUGUCCGGGUCUGGGGGUGCUGGGUUGAUUACUGCGCGCAAGGCCGACGGGACAUGGUCCCCACCAUCGGCGAUCAUCCUUCACACCGCUGAGUUGGCGUUUGUGAUGGGCGUCGAUAUUUACGACUGCGUAUUGGUCAUCAACAGCGUACAAACACUUGAGUUCUUCACGCGCCCACGGCUUGUGCUCGGCGAGGAUGUCAGUCUCGCCGUUGGACCCCUGGUCGCGGCUGGGGGCAAGGAACCUGAGAUCAAAUGGAAAGAGAUCAACGACACCGUUUUGACCUAUGUAAAGGCUAGGGGCAAACAUCAGGCGGUGGAACUGGACGGCUCGAUGGUGACAGAGCGGGCCAACGAGAACGAAAGGUUUUAUUGUGAAGGUGUCACCAUUCUCGACAUUCUCGCGGGCAAUAUCCCCAAGAAUGUGCCCGAGAUGCGGCCGCUCUUCGAGGUUAUCAAAGCCGCAGAGGGUCGUUCCGACUUCGACAAGGCGCUUAUGGAUUGGCUCGCGCAACAGCCUGCACCGGGCGAUGCCGAUAUCGCAAGCCCGAGAGAGUCCAUAGCGACUCUCACAUCACCCACCAAGCUUGCGUUUGGUGUUCCCGACGCCAGUGACCCGGACCCGUUUGGCGUCAUCGGCUUAGAAAUGGCCGGGAUUGAGAUCCGGGAAGCCGGUAGCAAGCUGCGGCCUGCUAGCACUCAGUUCGAGUACCAACCGGGGCCUAACAGCCCGCUGUACGGGAGGUUUAGUCGCCAGAGCAUGGACACAUUUGUCUCGCGAAGCAACCGAGGCAGCUGCAUGUCGGCGCGGACACAGGCGACCACAUUGACAGACGCUUACACCCAAACCGAUACCGCGAGCAGCGCCAACACCACGUUCAGUCGGGCCAAUAGCGAUGACGGCAAGGAAGUGGUCGAGAGGCUGCCCACGGUCAUGGAGCCUGACGAGGUUGAUUACACACAGGUUGACACGAGCAUCAUCGAGAAGUUAAAGAGGAGGACGAUGGAGUUUGCCGCGCCGAAACCCGCCCCCUCUGAGCCGACGCCGGCUGCCGAGACGACGAGCACGCCAACGGCACUAGAUGUUGCGACGGUUGAGCCUGUUGAGAUCACCGAAACCCUAGAACAUGCUGCCACGGAAGUGCAGCCCGAACCGUCCCAAACCGCUGACCGGGAGAUUCCGACCGAAAGCCCCAACACUGCUACAGCCGAAGCGCAAGACGACGAUGCCGAUGACGAGGACGACGAGGACGACGACGAAGGAGAUGAGGCUGUCAUCUGCGAAGUUGCCACCGCAGCAGCCCGCCCAGCGCGCACCUCAAUUCAGCGUUCGCAAGUCACCCACGUCAUCCAAGCGAAAGGAGCCAUCGUGAACAUUCCGAAGCGCAUUCCCCCACCACUCCCCGCGCGCAGCCCAGCCCGGGCCUCACGAGGAAGCUACGGCGACGUCUCCUCUCUGAAGAGCCCGCUCCGCAACUCGUUCCUCUCAGUCGCCUCCCGAACCUCCAUUGACGCUCCGUCUGUGGACGGGAGCCCAAGUUCCCCUGCCUCAUCCCACCCUAUCGAAUACGCCGAGUCUCCCUCGCCAAAGCGCAUGCCCCAACCCAUCAGCCUCCGACACACCAAGAACUCUUCAUCCGUCAGCACCACCGUGGCAGUCGACGCCCUUCCCCUCUCUCUCCCCCAGACUAGCUCCUCUGCGGCGUUCCCGACCGAAGCCAUGACGCCCCCCUUGUCAGCCUCGUCCCCCGUCCCGCCGACACCCCGCACACUUGAGCACACCUCGUCGGCAGACGAUGACUCCGACAAGGAACCGACGACGCCACAGACGGCGGAGACCGACUUCGACACCGCGUCCGAACGCCAAGAGUCCGACGACGAGGAUGUUGAGAUCAAGAACCAGCCGAAGCCGAAGCAUGAAUCAAAGCACUUUGAUGUCCAACCCGUCGAUAUCGAGCCGAAGAUUACCGCUUCGUCCCAGACGAAGAGGGGGAGUGCCACGGUUGCGCCGGACGCGUGA